CGUAUUCAGAACCGGUAAGAUAGAGGUCGCUCGCUGUGUCAUGGCCUCUUCCGGUUCACGGCUCUACCCACGAGAACGUGGACGAUUAUGAUAAAUACAAUGGACGACAAAGAAGCAUUUGACGUGGAUAUGGUGGUGGCGACGACGAAUACGUUGCCAGUAGCCAUGCCAGCCGAACUGCCCGAGAUCAAACUGUUCGGACGCUGGAAUUGCGAUGAUGUGCAGGUAAACGACAUGUCCCUGCAGGAUUAUAUAGCCGUUAAAGAAAAAAACGCAAAGUAUCUUCCACAUUCAGCGGGGCGCUAUGCUGCGAAACGUUUCCGAAAAGCGCAGUGUCCCAUUGUGGAACGUCUUACGAACUCGCUCAUGAUGCACGGCAGAAAUAACGGAAAGAAAUUGAUGGCUGUGCGAAUUGUGAAGCAUGCCUUUGAGAUCAUCCACCUUCUGACUGCCGAGAACCCCUUGCAGGUUCUCGUCACAGCCAUCAUCAACUCCGGGCCGAGAGAAGACUCCACGCGUAUUGGACGCGCUGGUACCGUAAGAAGACAAGCCGUGGACGUGUCCCCGUUGCGCCGUGUGAAUCAGGCGAUCUGGCUGUUGUGCACCGGCGCGAGGGAAGCGGCAUUCCGUAACAUUAAAACGAUCGGCGAGUGUUUAGCCGAUGAACUUAUCAACGCCGCUAAAGGUUCAUCGAAUUCGUACGCGAUCAAGAAGAAGGACGAGUUAGAGCGCGUUGCCAAGUCUAACCGAUAAAUCAUUUCUACAUGCAGAAAAUACAAACAGUUUAUCUUUAAAUUA